AUGUUGUCCAAAUACAUCAUCGCCCUCGUCGCACUUGGCUUCUCAGCCACCACGUCAGCCCAGCAGCCAUGCGGCCUCAAAAUUGCUCCCUGCCCGUUCGACCAGCGCUGCGUUCCUGUCUCCAAGGAAUGCACCGACCUCAACCGGUGCCGAGGAACCUGCCAGUUCAAGAACAAGUACACUUCGUGUGGAGGAAAGCGUGUCCACCCCGUCACCUGCGAGCCUGGCUUUGAGUGCCGCGAUGAUCCUCGCCUCCCUGAGAGCUGUGGCUUGUCCUGUGAUAUCCCCGGCAUCUGUAUGCCCAAGGAGCCUCAUCAGUGCCGUGGAUUUGCUGGGUUCGUCUGUCCCAAGGGCUUGCACUGCUAUGAUACGCCAAAGGAUGAUUGCGAUCCUAACAACGGAGGGGCGGAUUGCAUGGGACUGUGCUUGUAA